AAACACAUGUAUCUUAGUAAAUACAAACCGAAGGCGGUGUUUCUGAAUGCAAAGAGGUUUCCGCUAGAGCAGUCUCAAACUAAACCAGUGAAGAUGGACGCGUCAGUGUCUCCGUGUCGUUGUUUCAAGACGAGCUCGCCUCCACCGUCGAGCUCGCAGUGAAAGCGGCUCUAGACAGCGUCGUGUGCGCGAUUACUGAAGCUGUGGGCAGCAAAUUCACUGAAUUACAAGAGGACAUGUCUGGAGUGAAGAGAGAGAAUGAAAGUCUGAAGCUGAGAUUGGAAAUAUCAGAGAGCGAGCUGAAAGCCGUGCGAGGGUGUAUAAACGCUGCACAUGCAGACAUUAAACAGCCUUUCAUAUUUCAAGUUUUGUUUCCCACAGAUCCCAUAGAGAGCCACGCUAUCCCUGAAUCUGAAGCACAGGAGGGGCCAAAGAUAGAAGCAGUUUACACACAAGAGGAGUCCUUUGAGCAGGAGUGGUGUGCAAGUCUAAUACAGGUUACAGAGCUGCCAUGUGUUAAAGAUGAAGACGUCCCUGAACAGGAAUGUGUUCCUAUUAAAGAGGAAUUCAUAGAACAGGAAUGUGUCUCCAUCGCAGAGGAACUUCCUACUGAAAAUAAUGUCUGUACACUUGAGGAGAACAACAAGCUGGGAUCCAACCUGUGUGAUGAUUCUCCAUCUGAAUGUGAACUGGGAUUUGGAGCUUCUAAAGUAGAUGAAGGAGAACACGACUCCACUCCAUCACCCCAGUGCAAAAACUCUUCUAGAGGCAAACCACAGUGCAAGAAACACAGAGAAACGACAGCCCAAGAAGAGUAUGUGAAGACAUUGAGAACUCACUCAGUUACAAUCCCUUCUUUACAAGACAGACACCCACUUACUGUGGAGAGUACAGAGACGCCACAUUCUGCAUGUUUUAACAAUUCAGAAACCCAGGGCAGCUUGAAGACCUUGCCUCAUUCUAUUAAAGAUGGGAGGAGUUCUUGUCAAUUAGACGUUCCUGAAACUCACAAGGGAAAUCCCACAGGAGGGACUACAUUUUCCUGGGCUGAUUGUGGGAAGAAUUUCAAUCAUAUAUCACUGCUUAAAAGACACCAGCGCAUUCACACAGGAGAGAAACCUUCCCACAUACAGUCCAGUGAUAAGAGUUUCACACAGUUAGGAAAUCUUCAUUCACACCAGCGCAUUCACACAGGAGAGAAACCUCAUCACUGCACUGAGUGUGGGAAGAGAUUCAGCCAGUUAGGAGACCUUAAAAGACACCAUCAAAUUCACACAGGGGAGAAACCUUAUCACUGUGCUGUUUGUGGGAAGAGAUUCAGCCAGUUAGGAGACCUUAAAAGACACCAUCAAAUUCACACAGGGGAGAAACCUUAUCACUGUGCUGUUUGUGGUAAGAGAUUCAGCCAGUCUGGUGUCCUUAAAAGACACCAGCGCAUUUACACAGGAGAGAAACCUUAUCACUGUGAUGUUUGUGGGAAGAGAUUCAGCCGGUUAGGAGACCUUAAAAGACACCAGCACAUUCACACAGGAGAGAAACCUUAUCACUGUGAUGUUUGUGGGAAGAGAUUCAGCCAGUCUGGAGACCUUAAAAGACACCAGCACAUUCACGCAGGAGAGAAAUCUCAUCACUGCACUGAGUGUGGGAAGACAUUCAUUCACAUAGGAAACCUUAAAAAACACAAAGUCAUUCACGCAGGAGAGAAACCUCAUCACUGUGCUGUUUGUGGGAAGAGAUUCAGACAGUUACGAGACCUUAAAAAGACACCAUAAAAUUCACACCGGUGUUUAAUCCUCUUCCUGCACUAAGUGUGUGUAGACGUGAAGUCAGUUGCAGACUCUUGCAGGACUCGAGAACAUUCUCAGAAUUGCAGACACUUGGGGACACUUAAACAACAGGAGGACAUUUGACUAAAUACAGAAAUAUUUACUGAAAACAAAAUAAUAAACUUGCUUGAUAAACAGGGUCACCCCUAAUCACAAUCUGUUCAGAUCAAAAGCUCACAGACUCAAAUAUCAACGAGUACGUCUUGUAUUCAUCGUCUUGUUGAGCAUUCGGAUUGUGUUACCUCACAUUAGUAAUAUAUUAAAUAGAUUGUUAUUAUGAAUGCACGUUUCUCUUUCCUUUCUCAUGCGUUGCUCAGCCUCUUGCAGUGGGUUCUGUGGAAACUUCCCCGAUACCACGGUGAAUCUGCGGCACCUCAAGACACAGCACAGUGUACUGCAGUUAUCAUGCGGACAGCUUGAAGUGUAAAGCAGUACUGUUUCCAGCAGGGGGCACCAGAGAGCUUUUAGGAAUGUAAUGUGCUGCAUACCAUUGCUUCUGAACGAGAUGAUUUCUGCUCAGGAUGUGUUUAAUACUGCCCUCUCUCUCUCUUGGGUACUCUUAUUAAUAAACGCAGGUUCUGUGUUUUUGAUAUAAAUUUGUUGAUUGACAUCGAGACUACUAAAGCAAAUAAAAUCUAUAUUAAAAAUGCUUUGCUGCCUGUAUGAAAUGCUGUUUUAAAUGAUGUUCAGUGUCUUGUCAAUCAAGGAUUUCAUUUUAAACAUCCAGUAAUAAAUACCGUAGACGUCCUUGUUUCUGCAUUUCUUAUAUAUACCAUGACUGGAGCAGCUUUUUAAACUGCUGUCUGCUCAUACAAGCGAUCCAUGUG